AUGCUACUAAUUAGUUUUUCUAAUUUAAUCGAAAGUAUUUUUUUAACAACAAGUGGUUUAAUUGUACCAUGUGGUGCAUUAGGUAUUUUAGUCGGUGGCCUUAUUCUUAAUAGAUUUCAAUUUCAUCGUAUAGGUGCUAUUCGAUUUGUUCUUGUAGUGAAUUUAAUCAUCUUAGCUUGUAUAUCUUCAUUUUUCUUUUUGGGCUGUGAAAAUCCUUCCAUUGCUGGUUUAACUGUAUCCUAUACAGGAGAUAGUUCGCCUAAUUCACUUGACUUGUUGUCAACGUGUAAUGCUAAUUGUUCAUGUGAUCGAAGUGAAUGGUCUCCAGUGUGUCAUUUAGCUUCUGAUAUCACAUAUACUUCACCGUGUCAAGCUGGUUGUCAAGAAAGAUUUGUGUUGAAUAAUUCCAUACAAGAGUUUCACAAAUGUGCUUGUGCAUUACAAAACAACAUGAAUCACAGUGUCUCUACACUAAACAUACCGGAUAUAACAAAACCUGGUGAAUGUGAUUUACAUUGUCAUACACUUGUUCCAUUUGUAAUUCUGUUAACAUUUUUAUUAUUCCUCACUGGUGUUAUACAAAAUCCAUUAUUAAUGGUAACAAUGCGAUCGGUUGAUCAUAAUCAACGUUCUUUUGCAUUGGGUCUACAAUUUACCAUUGUACGUUUGUUAGCUAAUUUACCAUCACCUAUUGUUUAUGGUCGUGUGAUUGAUGGUGCAUGUCGAUUUUGGCGUACAGAAUGCGGUCGUCUUGGUGAUUGUGCAUUUGUAGAUGUACAAUAUUUAAAUUUAUAUAUAACUGGUAAGUUGGUUGAAUCAAUUAGGAAAUUUUAUUUUUUGACAAAAUAUUUCUUUUAUCAAUGUGAUUAG